AUGUUUGGUUCCAAAAAGAAGGAAUCAUCCUCCAAGAGUGCUCCAGCUCUCAAUCCCCAACAACAACUCUCCCUCCAAUCCAACAACAAUAAUGGUGGUGGUGCUGGUUCCAAUGUUUCAUCACCUCUCUCGUCAUCACCCCAAAUCUCAUCAAAUUCCGUCUCUGCCAGUAUGACUGCUUUGCCUUUGAAUGGACUCUCACAGCAAUCCAUUGCAGCACUACAAAAGGAACAACAAGAUCGAUUGCAACACAUGCUUUCAUCCAUGGGUGAGGAUGAAGUGAAUCAGGAAUUUGCUGACAUGUUACUCGAGAUGGGUGUUCCUGAAAAUAUUAGGAGAAAACAAUUAACCACAAAGAAUGUACAAGAAAAAUUGAGACGGUUGUAUCACUUUAAAUAUCAUUCGACAAAUCAUGGAGAACAAGAUCAAGACACUCCUUCCAUUCUCCUCUCUGCUUGGGAAAAGAAUGAUUAUGACAUUAUGAGAUUGGCUCGUAUUCGUGAACUCUUGUUGGAUAAACCAAUCCGAUGGGUGAAUCAAUUCAUCAUGCAAGGAGGUAUCAAACAAUUAAUUCAUUGUCUCAAUUCUACCAAUAUUCUCUCAAGAAAAGGUGAAAGAGAUGAAUUGAUGUUGGAUAUGGAAAAUGUAGCUGCAUUAGAAAAUGAAUCAGAUAAUGCUGAUGCUUUUUCAGAUGCCGGUGGAGAAUAUUCCACAUCACAUUUAAUGUCAAACAUGUCACAUUCAAAUCUUUCCGUGUAUAAUCAAGAUCAAACGACUGCAAACAAUUCUGUGGAUCAAGAGGUCAACUCACCAAUCUUAUCCAAUCAAGUUGCUACAGUGGAAGAUCUCGAAAAACAAUCUCUCUGUAUUGAAGCAUUGAAAGCACUUCUCAACACCAAUGUUGGUAUCGAAGAAUUUCUUGCAGAAAAAGAUGCCAUGAAGAAUUUAGUGUUAAUUCUCGAUACACCUAACAUGGAUGCAGCAUGUGAUAUUUUACAAAUUUUAACAGUCAUGGCCAGUUGGGCAAGUCAUGGUUUCAGUUUGGUUGUGAGCGCUCUCAGUCAUUACAGACUUGUGAAACGAGAAAAGGCAAGAUUUUACGAUAUUAUUAAUCGUAUGAAAACCACAAAGAAUUUGAAAUACUCCUUCUUUGCAUUGCUCUUGUUUACGACCUUACUUGAAAAAUCUCCUGAUGAAGGUACAAAAUCACUCUUCAAGAAGGAAUUUAGAAAUCUCAAAGUUGCAGAAGCUACUGCUGAAUUGAAAAAAGAGGUUUUGGAGAGAUCGAUUGAGUCCAUGAACGAUCCCGAUGCUCAACAACUCUUAUACGAUUUGAAUAUUCAAAUUGAACUCUUUGAUGAAGAUGUGAGCAUUUGCCAACCAGAAUUCCUGGAGAAUGAUCUUUCAGACUCGGUCAAUGUUGUGAAAUUAUUGAAACAAAAAUUGGCUAGCGCAGAAGAUGAAACUCUCAGAAACAUGCUUCACGAAUUACUCACUGAAAUGAUCAUUUACAACUCGAUUUCCAUUGAUAAGAGUCAGACCGAACAACAAGUGGCUGACAAUUGGAGUAAGAUUCGAAAACUUGUCGAUCAAGGUUUGGCACCAAAACGAGCUGAAGAAAAUACUAAAAUUACCACCGAGAAGGAGAAACAACUUUCAGACAGAGUCAAGACCCAACAAUUCCAAAUCAAUAACUUGCAAUCCGAACGUGAAACUCUUCUACAAGAAUAUGAAUCAAAAAUUGAGCAAGCAAUCAAGCGUAUGGAGGAGUACGAAAAGAAAAUAUCUGGCAUUGAGGAAGAAAAGGCUCAAUAUUUAAAGGAAAUUGAGGAAAAGGUUUCUGGUGUAAAGAAUGAAUUGACCACUACUGAGAAGGAGCGCGACAGCAAACAAGAAACUCUGAAAACCAUCAAGAAUGAACUUGUGACCAUUAACAACGAAAUUGAGACCAUCAAGAAUGAAGUCUUCUCACGAAAAACCAACAAUGAACAAUUCCAAAACGCUAAAAAGAUUUUGGACGAUAAGAAGAAACAUUGGUCUCAAGAAGAAGAGCGUGUUGAAAAGUUAAUUUCCUCUGUCCAUGAAAAAAUUGAAAAACUCAAGAAACAGGAAAAACAAUUGACUGAGGAACGUGAUGAAUUGAAAAAGAAUCCACCCACUGUCGAGGAUCCAACCUUGGCACCUGUGAUGAUCACAACGACGACCAUGACAGCAAAUAUACCUCCUCCUCCUCCAGGUAUGGGUGGUGGUGGUUUUGUUCCUCCUCCACCGACGGGCAUGAUGGGUAAUGUCCCUCCUCCACCGACAGGCAUGGGUGGAGAUGGCAGUGUUCCACCUCCUCCUAUUGGUUUUGGUAACGUUCCACCUCCUCCAGGUAGUGGCAUGGAUGGUAGUGGUAACAUUCCUCCACCUCCAGGAAUGGGUGGUCAUGUACCUCCUCCUCCACUAGGCACAGAUUCUGGUUUUGUUCCUCCUCCUCCUGGCAUGGGCAAUGUACCUCCUCCUCCAGGCAUGGGUAAUGUACCUCCACCUCCAGGUAUGGGUGGUGUUCCCCCUCCUCCAGGCAUGGGUGGUGGUGUCCCUCCUCCACCUGGAAUGGGUGGUAUUCCAAUGCCUCCAGGUAUGGGUGGUGUUCCAAUGCCUCCAGGGUUUGUUCCUGGUGUCCCAGGUGUUCCAAUGAUGGGUCGUGGAAAACCAGCUGAAGUAUUACCAACGUUGCCAAGUAAGGCUCCAAAAGAAACCACUCGUCAAGUUCACUUUGAUGCCAUCAAUAAGAAUAAUCUCUCGAAAACAAUCUUUAUGAAGAAGAAUAUUGCACAAGAAACAAAUGACAUUAUUGAAUUGUUUGAUUUGGAUGAUAUUACUUCAGCCUUCUCGACUCAAAAGAAAGACACUGGUGAAAAAGCAGAACCCAAAGAAAAGAAGAAGGAAGUCAAAUCACUACUCGAUCCCAAACGUUCAUAUGCAGUCUCACUUCAAUUGGGUUCCAUUCGAGGUGUUUCCUAUGAACAGCUUCGAAAGGCCAUUGUUGAAAUGGAUGAAAAUGUUGUGACCGCUGAUAAUAUUUUGACCAUCAAACAAAUUGCUCCAGAACAAGAAGAAUGUGAUACUGUGAUGGGAUACGAUGGACCCAUGGAUGAAUUGGCAGAACCUGACAAGUUCUUCCGAGUGAUGAAUGGUAUUCCCAAUCUCAUUGGACGUUUGGAUUCUUGGUCCUUUAAAUUCCGUUUUCCAGAAAUGGUUUCCAAAAUUCGUCCUGACAUUGAAAACAUGACACUAGGUUGUAAAGAGGCACGAGAGAGUGAAAAAUUCAUGGAAGUAUUAGCUGUGAUUUUAACCUUUGGUAACUUUUUGAAUGGACAACAAAAGAGAAAGGUUUCGUAUGGUUUCAAAUUGAAAUCGCUUCAAAAAUUAGCAGAUACCAAAUCAGGAGAUGGUAAAACAAGCUUGUUGCAAUACAUUGUAGAUUUCAUUGCAGAAAAGAAGAAACACUUGAUGGACUUUGAUACUCAGUUGACACAUAUUCAACCUGCAACACGUGUCUUGGUUGGAAGUAUUGAUGAUGAUAUCAGUGAAUUGAAAAAGUGUCAUUCACAACUCGUUCAACAAAUUGAAAAAGCAAGAAACAAUCCAUUCGAAGGAGACAUGUUUAUUGACAAGAUGGAAGAGUUUGAAAAGAAGGUCGUUGGUGCUCUUGAAAUUAUUGAAGAAAAAUUCAAAGCCAUGAAAGUUGAAAUUGAUGAACUUGCCAAAGCAUUCGACGAAAGAACUGAAGAUUUACAGAAAGAACCUGACAAAUUCUUGGCUCUCAUUGAUCAAUUCACUCAACAAUUCAAACAAGCCAAUGAAAAGAAUGAACAAGCCAAGAAGGCAGAAGAAAAGAAAAAGAAAGCUGAAGAAGAAAAACUUAAAAAGGAAGCUGCUAAACAACAAUUGAAGAUCAAUGCAGCCAAACAGAAAUUGGAUACUCUUAAAAACAAACCUACACUUGCAGAAGGACGAGGAGCCAUGGAUGAUAAAAUGCAACAACUCAAAUCGGCAGCAGCGACACGACUUGGAGUCACUCUUAAGAGAGGUGGAGUUCGAGGCGGUGGUACAGACGAUUUGGAGGGUGGAAAUGUGGAUAGCAGUUCUCUGAAUAGUGCAUUGUUAGGUCUCAAAAAGUAA